UUUACUGCGCCGCUGUCUGCACCCACCUCGCUCAGCUGUUUCGGUUGUCUCCCUCGCACACAUAAUCGUGAACGUGUCAACCGAAGGCUUUUGUUUUCGUUCCGCAUUUUCCUAGCUUUUCCGGGCAAUAUGGUAGACGACAGCACACGAAAAACGCUCAGCAACAUUCCCCUGCUCCAGAUUCGCGCUGGUCCGCGUGAAAAGGAUGUGUGGGUGCAGCGGCUAAAGGAGGAGUACCAGGCACUAAUCAAGUAUGUGGAAAACAACAAACAGUCCGGCAGCGACUGGUUCCGCCUAGAGUCCAACAAGGAGGGCACCAAGUGGUUCGGAAAGUGUUGGUACAUGCACAACCUGUUAAAGUACGAGUUCGACGUGGAGUUCGACAUUCCAGUGACGUACCCAACCACUGCGCCCGAGAUUGCCCUUCCGGAACUUGAUGGCAAGACAGCGAAGAUGUACCGUGGAGGCAAGAUCUGCCUGACGGAUCACUUUAAGCCUUUGUGGGCACGCAAUGUUCCCAAGUUCGGAAUCGCACACGCUAUGGCUCUGGGUCUUGCUCCUUGGCUGGCCGUGGAGAUUCCGGACCUCAUUGAGAAGGGAAUCAUUACGUACAAGGAAAAGUAGCUAACUAAACUAGAUAAAAUUACUGGCAACAAAACAAUGAACAAAGUUUAAUACGAAA